CCAUGUGUCAUGUGUCACUAGCUAAUUUUUAUCCUAAUUUUACAGACCACUACAAGAAAGCUGUAGAAAUAUAUGACAAACUAUGACAUCACACCAAAAUGGCACCAUCUCCUCUGAGGUUUCAGACUUCCUCCUGAAUUGUUUUGUCAGGUCCCACACCUGGCAGCUCUGGUUGUCCCUGCCACUCAGUCUCCUCCUCUUCCUGGCCAUGGUGGCCAAUAGUGUUCUCCUGAUCACUAUAUGGCUGGAAGCCUCUCUGCAUGAGCCCAUGUACUAUCUACUCAGCAUCCUCUCCCUGCUGGACAUCAUACUCAGUCUCACUGUCAUUCCCAAGGUCCUAGCUAUCAUCUGGUUUGACCUCAAGUCCAUCAGUUUCUAUGCCUGCUUCCUCCAGAUGUUCAUCAUGAAUGGCUUCUUUGCCAUGGAGUCCUGUACAUUCAUGGUCAUGGCCUAUGACCGUUAUGUGGCUAUCUGUCACCCACUGAGGUACCCAUCCAUCAUCACUGACCAAUUUGUAGUCAAGGCUGCUGUCUUUAUUUUGGCCAGGAGUAGUAUUGUUACAAUGCCUAUCCCCAUUCUCUCAUCCCGACUCCAUUAUUGUGGGAGAAAGGUCAUUGAGAACUGCCUCUGCACCAAUAUGUCUGUCUCCAGGCUCUCCUGUGAUGAUGUCACCAUCAAUCGCCUUUACCAGUUUGCUAUAGGAUGGACUGUGCUAGGAUCUGACCUCAUCCUCAUCUUUCUCUCCUACACCCUCAUACUGCGAGCGGUGCUGAGACUCAAGGCAGAGGGUGCUGUGGCCAAGGCCCUGAGCACAUGUGGUUCCCACUUCAUCCUUAUCCUCUUCUUCAGCACCAUCCUUCUGGUCUUCGUGCUCACUCUUGUGGUGAAGAAGAAAGUCUCCCCUGAUGUGCCAGUCUUGCUCAACAUCCUCCACCAUGUUAUCUUCUCAGCCCUCAACCCCAUUGUGUAUGGGGUGCGAACCCAGGAGAUCAAGCAAGGAAUCCAGAGAUUAUUAAAGAAAGGGUGCUAAUAAGGACAACAGGAUCUCUGCAUUCCUGAGUUUUGAAUCAAUAAUGGGUGAGGGGGUUGAUAUUCACAUCCACGAGUUGCAAUCUCAAAGUGGGUAAAUUGGAUAACGUGUCUUCUUUAAUAAAACUUAAGUUUCAUUGUAAUUUCUUUUUUUUCUCACUUCUCACUUAGGACUAUCAUUGACCCCUUUUGAUUUUCCCCCAAAAAAUCCUAUUUUGACAAAAUACUGGGAAUCCUUGGGGGACAGGUUCUGAAGUGAGAAAUUUAUGUUCCUGAGUAUACAGCUGUUAAUAUGUCAUGCCUUUGGAGUUGAAUAUACAACUGUGGACAUUUUGGCUUACAGUUGUAUAAUAUGUAAUGCAUUCUUAUUCUUAUUUCCACAGAAGGGAGCAUAUUAAAGACAAAGACAUAGGCGUGAAAUUUCAGUCCUGAAUGAUGGAUCAUUACUGCUGAUCCUAAUUGGGUCUCCAUUUGGGUGGUGAUUCAAAAUGAGGUUUGUAAGAGGACAGGGUUUUUGGAUGGAUUUGUCACUUGUGCAACAAUUAGCAGUGUAUUUGACUAGAUUUGAGAUACUCAUAAAUUUUCCUCCCCAGAGGGUUUGUGCU